CGGUUUGUCGAUCUCGGCCUGCCCCCUUUGGGACAACGUCAAGCCUCGACCGCAGAGGCGUCGGUGAGUCAAGAUCACCACGAAGCAAUCCUGAUCGAGCAAGUGCAUCUGACGCUGAAAGACUUGCCCCUGCGCGAGUCGACAACUGCCUCGACGAUCUGGACAGCAUUCGACUCCGGCCAAUUGACCCAUUGGGGGCCCGCGAGUGCGGCCGAGGUGCAAAUGUGGGUCAUCCAGGUCCUGAUGGAUGCGAUCAACCUCGCCGGUCUUCCAUCAGGAACCAUCAACUUUGCCGUUGAGUUGGGCCUGACCAAGUUGCAGCCUGACAUCUGGGUCUUGACCGCUAGCGGCGUCCCCGUCGGCGUGGUCGAGGUGAAGAGACCAAGCCUGACGAUCAUGGACCACAUGCGCGUGCACGGGCAGAUAUUCGACUACAUGCGCUGCAUCAAGACCUAUUUCGGUGUCAAGCACGUGCUCGGGAUUGUGACGACCUACACCGAGUGGAGAUUCUACUGGUUCAAGGAGAGUGACCACUACGCCGCCGCCGACACUUGCGCCGCCAUCGAAAACCUCAGGGAUGCCAGGAAGGAGGACGUCAUCGACAGCGUGAGAGACGACGACGACAGCGACGACAGCGACGACGACGAGAACACCGAUGAGCAAGACGAUCUGAACAUGACGUUCACCCAAUCGGACGAUGACGAUGGGCCGGUCGAGGUGGACGAAUCACCGCGUGUGCUGCACGGCACCAAGGUGUAUGACUCGGCGCAGGCCGGACCCGAGCUCUCAGCCCUGCUGGCAAGCAUCGUCUACAAGAUGUCCAAGUCCCCGUGCACUCCUGUACUUGUGCUACCAUCCAGCGUUCGCGUUUGCAUGGACCAGACACAGUGGUUCUGGGCUCGAGUCCCGGCAACCAUCCAGGACGUCAACGAUGCCGACAUGCCAACCAGGCGCGCCACAAGGUUCUUCCUGCUGCGGGAUCUUCGCGGAGGUGCCGACGGGAGGGCCUGGCGGGCCUGCACGACCAGCGGGACCGGCUGCGCCAUCAAGUUCUGCAAAAGAGCCUCCGUAGCAGACCAGACAAAGCGUCUGAAGGCAGAGGCCGAAGUCUGGUGCGCGGCCUGGGGAGUCAAAGGCGUGCGCGUCGCCACUCUGGCGGGUGAGCCUGCGCUGGUCAUGCCCUACGCGCGCGCCGUUCAGCAGCCGCUCUCGAACAAGGCCAAGCAGCAGGUGCCGGAAGCGAUCGACAGGAUGGCCUCCAGCGGCUACUGUCACGACGACCUCGCCUGGCGCCACGUUGGAAGGCUGGGGCUGAGGCAGCAGUGGCGACGGGUGAUCUUCUUCGAUCUGGCCAGCGUGUCGCGCGUGGAUACUCGCAUGCCGGAGUCAGUGACGGCGGCCAAGGCCAAGAUGCUCAAUGCCCUCGGGCUCGACUAA